GGUUAUGCUAUUUGUCAGUAAUGUCACCAUGGAAUAACCGAUGUGGGAAUGAGAAUGUAGGGUAUAAAAGGGGGUUAAGAGGUGAAAUUAAUUUACAUAGGAAAUUAGAAGUGUUAUGUGAAGGUAUUUCCUCUUCAAUUUCGAGUAUUAGUCAAGUAUUCAUCAGUAGUAUUGUGAAAUGGAUAAAGUUUACAUAAUUUCAGCUUGUAGAACUCCUAUAGGUAGUUUUCAAGGACAAUUUGAAAAAUUUUCUGCUUCGGAAUUGGGAGCAAUUGCUAUUUCUGAAUCUAUCAGAAGGGCCAAGCUUAAUCCAGAAGAUGUAGAGCAUAUUAUAAUGGGUCAAGUGCUGACCGCAGGUCAAGGUCAAAACCCAGCUAGACAGGCAGCCAUUGGGGCCAAAAUUCCAAACACAUCACCCUCAUAUACGGUGAACAUGUUAUGUGGAUCUGGCUUGAAAUCUGUGGCCCUUGGAUUCCAAGCUAUCAGGAAUGGAGACUAUGGCAUUGUGAUAGCAGGUGGCCAGGAAAGUAUGACAAGAGCCCAACAUUCAGCCUAUCUCAGAGGAUGUAAACUAGGACAGCUCAAUUUAUCUGAUACUCUGUUGAGUGAUGGUUUAACAGAUGCUUUCAACAAAGAUGUUCAUAUGGGUAAUACAGCUGAACAUCUGUCUAAACUAUACUCUAUUCCUCGAGAAGACCAAGAUAAAUACGCAUGCCAAUCCCAAAAUAAGACGGAAGAGGCCAUCAAGAAUGGAUUCUUCACAGAAGAAAUAAUUGGUGUUCCGGAAAAAAGAACAAAGAAACUAUUGGAUAAAGAUGAGUUUCCAAGAUUUGGUACAACUGUAGAAACUCUGACAAAACUAAAGCCUUGUUUCAUCUCUAACGGAACUGUCACCCCUGGAAAUGCUUCAGGUAUAAAUGAUGGUGCUGCAGCUUUGGUACUGGCAAAUGAAUCUGUAGUGAAUAGUAAACACCUAAUCCCACUGGCAAAAGUUUUAGCAUUCGCAGAAGUUGGAGUUGACCCAAUGUGUAUGGGAACUGGACCAAUUGGAGCCGUUACAAAUGUACUGAAAAAAGUUGGAUGGUCAAAAGAAGACGUGGAUCUGUAUGAACUAAAUGAAGCUUUUGCAGUACAGAGUAUCGUUGUCAACAAGAUGUUAGAAAUAGAUGAAGCCAAAGUAAAUAUAACGGGUGGAGCCAUAGCUAUGGGUCAUCCUAUUGGGUGUUCGGGAGCUAGAGUGUUAGUUACAUUGAUUCAUAAUUUGAAAAGAACUAAGAAGUCGAAAGGAGUUGCUGCCCUAUGUAUUGGAGGGGGAAUGGGAAUAGCGAUGGCCAUAGAAAUGUGUUGAUAAAGAAUGGUGCUCUAUUUUGUUGAAAUUUUAUGUAUGUGACAGUAUUUUUUACAAGAUAUAUAUUUGUUAUUAUAAAUAAAUAUACAAU